ACUUGUUGCACCAGUUCAGCAGUGCAGCUGAAAAGAACAGACCAUUAACCUUAUGUUCGUAAUAUUGGGAAAGUCCAACUAACUUGUCACGUUUUUAAUGGCGUUUUAUAUAUUUAAACAAUUUUUGUAAUUAUUCUAUAUAACAAUUUUUUUAUAUAUAAUAUAAUAUAUAUACUAUAUAAUAUGGAUAAUGAUGAUACAAUGGAUACAGUAGUUGGAUUACAAAAUACAGCAAUUAAAGCAACAAAUUUAGUAGAACGAAAUAUUGUACCACAAGGUAUACCAUUAGUAGAUCCAACUGCUGUAGCUAAAUCAAGUCGACAGGAUUUAACAGCUUUAGUGACAGAAAUAGAGAAGGCUGAUAGCUGUAUAAAAGCUAAUGCAUAUAAUAAAUUACAAGUGAUUGCUGAACAGAUAAAAUUUUUGCAAAAACAAGCUGAAGGAAUUUUAUUAGAAGCAGAACGAAAUGCAAAGUUACAUCAUGUUGCUUGUAAUUUUGUAAAACAACCUGGUCAAGUAUAUCAUUUGUAUCAACGAGAAUCAGGACAAUUUUAUUUCUCUAUGAUUAACCCAGAGGAAUGGGGUGAUUUUAUACCAUCACAAAGUUACAAAGGUUCCUUUAGAUUAGAACAUGAUCGUUCUUGGACUCCAUUGUCUCAAUUACAGAUAAAAAACGAUGAAUUAAAUAUGUUUAAGAAAUUCUUACCUGAUAGUACAAGUACAAAUACUCUUUUGCAUAAUGUUAUGUUAAAUACAAACAUAUAAUGAAUUUAUUAGAAUUAUUUAGUUUUAGAGAGUACAAAUUAUAUAAAAACAAAUGUGUUGACAGAAAAUUUGAACAAAAUAAUAUCUUAGUUUGACAAUAAAUGUUUCCAUCAUAUAA